GACCGGUACAGUCACCUCACCGCUCACCUACAGCUCGUUUUUUACUACAAGCACAGCCGUCUGUCUGCAACCUGAGCAGCCUUUAAUAAUGCACGGGGAGGUAAACCGAAUAUCAGCGCCUGGGCACUGAAUUAUGUAUCUUACCGGUUACUACAGCACCGUACCGGAGAACAGGAACCUGCAGCUGUCUGAUCGGCGGAGAAAAUGUCACACUAUCAUUUCAUCAAAUGCUGUUGUUUUCAGCUAUGUAACGUGUUCAGGCAGAACAUGGAGAUAGACCAGUGUCUGCUGGAGUCUCUGCCGUUGGGCCAGCGUCAGAGGCUGGUCAGGCGCAUGCGGUGCGAGCAGCUGCGGCUCUACUAUGAGCGAGAGCGGACGCUGCAGAAGCAGAGCCUCCCCAAGCCCCGGUCCUUCCACCGCAAAAAACAGAGGGUCAGCUUUAUGCCUCCAGAAGUCAUCCAGGACGCCAUCAUACGACACGAUGAUAAAGAGGUGUUACGGCUGCUGAAGGACGGAGUUGACCUGAACAUGAUUAUUUCCUCUGGAGGAUCUUUGCUCCAUCUGUGCGCCCGCCAUGACAAUGUGUUUGCAGCAGAGGUUCUGAUAGAGAAAGGACUGAACGUGAACCUGCAGGAUGAAGACCUCUGGACCGCCCUGCAUGUGGCCUGUGCAUGUGAUCAUGCUGAUAUGGUGUUACUGCUAUUGCUGGCCGGUGUCAAUGUGCUCCUUCAAGACGUGAACGGGAACAUUCCACUUGAUUAUACCACUGAGGGGACGGAAACCAGCUACAUCCUCAUCAGACACCUGGAGGAAAAUGGAGUGGACAUGAGCUCUAUGCAUCAGAUGAAGACCCAGCGGUCGUCCACCAUGCUCUCUGACGUGAAGCAGCUGGUCAGCAGCGGGGGCAGCGUCAAUCAACACAACGACGACGGGGUGUCGCUGCUGCACAUUGCUUGUGCCAGCGGUUAUAAGGAGGUGGUGUCUGUGUUGCUGGAGAACGGUGCAGAUGUGCAGGUGUCUGACAGCAGCUAUUGGACCCCAUUACAUCUGGCCGCCAAAUACGGGCAGACCCACAUUGUGAGCCGGCUGUUGAAACAUAAAGCAGAUCCCACUCUUCUGAACUGCAACCAGGACAAGCCCUCAGAUAUAGCUGCAACAGAGCAGAUUGCAGAGAUGCUGUUGAGAGCAGAGGAAUUCUGGGUACAGAGACAGACAGACCCCUUAGCCUCGCCUACAUCAGACGAGAGCUACACGGAAGCCAACCAGGACAGCAGCCUGCCUGUCAAAAAACUGGCGACUAUGGUUCUACCCAUUUCAAGGAGGGACAGUUUGUUGGAGAAGGAGGCGAUGUUCAGGGAUACAGGAGGAGCAUUGACCAGACAACCUUCACUUGAUAAUGGGCUUGAUGGAGCGGUUCCCAGCACAGGAGGAAAACUGGAGCAGGUGAAACUAAUGCCCCCUGCUCCUAAUGAUGACCUCGCAUCCCUCAGCGAGCUCACGGACAGCAGCCUGUUGUAUGAGAUGCAGAAACGCUUCGCCAACGACCAGAUAUAUACCUACAUUGGACACAUUCUUCUCCUCAUCAACCCUUACAAGGACCUGCCUAUCUACUCUAAUCUCGUCAGUCAGUUGUAUCUGAGCUCCAGUGGACGUCUCUGUUCCUCUCUCCCGCCUCAUAUCUUCUCCUCAGCUGAACGUGCUUAUCACAUGAUGCUUCAGGAGAGACGCCCGCAGUGUUUCAUCAUCAGUGGAGAGAGUGGUUCUGGGAAAUCUAUGGCCUGUAAACACAUCCUGAAGCACCAGUCUGCCCGCUCAAGUUCCAAAGGCUUCGCUUUAGAACCACGCAUGAAGCAUGUAAAUGCCAUCUUGGAAGCUUUUGGCCACGCUAAGACUCCGAUGAACUCCUCUGCAAGCCGGUUUAUAAAGUUAAUCUCAUUACAGUACUGUGAGAGAAGAAAAACUCUACUCAGAGCUCGUCUCUAUACAUAUAUGCUGGAAAAGUCAAGGGUCAUCUGCACACGGCCACAUCAGCAGAACUUUAACAUCUUCUACUUGAUGGCUGAAGGACUUUCAGCUGAGGAGAAGAGUAAUCUGUAUCUCAACAAUCUCCUGGCACAUAGAUAUUUGAGCACAGCGGCUCCAGAUGAAACUCCUGCGGUCGCUACGUCAUGUCCUCAGAGCAGAGAGAAGCUCUUGGCUCUUAAACAGGCUUUGCGUGCCCUCGGCUUCAACAGACUGGAGGUGGAGAAUUUGUUUGUGGUCCUCUCCGCGCUGCUGCAUUUGGGAGAUCUGCGCUUCACCGCCCUCACAGACGCUGACACUGCGUUUCCGUCCGACUUACAGAUGCUGGAUAGAGUUGCUGGGAUGCUACAGGUGAACUCUGAAGAUCUAGGCUCCGCCCUCACCUCUGACGUGCAGUACUUUAAAGGUGAUGUCAUAACAAGGCGCCACACGGUGGAAAUGUCCAACUGUCUCAGAGACCUCCUGGCCAAAGCUCUGUACGGACGACUCUUCAGCUUCUUGGUCAAUAACAUUAACUUUUAUCUCCAAGGCCAGGAAGAAAACAUUGGAGAUCCUGCGCUUGAGAUAAGCAUUCUCGACAUCUUUGGCUUUGAGGAAUUCCAGAGGAAUGGAUACGAACAGUUGUGCAUUAACAUGGUGAAUGAGCGGAUUAAGAAGCACACCACAGAGGUCCUCUUCCAGUAUGAGCAACAGGAAUGUCUGCAGGAGGGGGUUGCCAUGGAGACGAUACGCUCCCUCGGCAACCAGCCAGCGGUUCUGGACUUCUUCUUCCAGAAGCCUCAGGGCGUGCUAUGCAUCAUUGAUGAGGAGAGUCAAUCCCUCCGACCGUGUGAAAUCAACCUUUAUAAGCGUCUGCAGAUGCAGCUGGAUUCCUCCUGCACUGACUGCAUUUCCCUCACAACCAAAGAUGGCAACGGGAACCCCCCACCCAAAGAUCAGGGGCCAUCGUUUACCGUCACUCAUUACGCCGGCAAGAUGACCUACGACCUGACCGGCUCGCUGGAGAGGAACAGGGAUGUUCUGCCACAAAACAUUCAGUUCGUUAUGAAAUCUAGUGAGAAUGUGCUCGUCCAUCAAAUGUUCCAGUGUAAGCUGACUCAGACGGGCUCCCUGGUUCCACAGCACCAGCGACUGAGGCUUCGUGGGCCCAAAGGCACGAUGCUUAACAAGAGUGCUACGCUUAACCCUGCCAGAGACGCCAAGAAAUAUGUGGAGCUUAAUAAGCUCCUGAAGAAGAAGGGAGCGACGUCCUUCCUCCAGAAGCUGGAGCGUUGUGGACCGGUUACUGUGGCAGUUCAGCUGAGGAACUCUCUAUCUGAGAUCACCAGUAAACUGCAAGCCUGCACACCCCAUUUCGUUCAGUGCGUGAGGCCUAACAGCUUCGGAAAGCCUGAUGUCUUUGACAGCUUCCACGUCUCCUCUCAGCUCCAGUAUGUCGGGGUUCUGGAGAUGGUCCGCAUGAUCCGCUACGGAUACCCGGUCCGGCUUUCUUUCACAAAGUUCCUGAGCAGAUACAGAGAGCUGGUGGACACCAUCCUCACGGAAAAGAAGAAGAUGUGUGCGGAGGAGAAGUGCCGGCACAUCCUGCAGCAUUGUAAACUCCGGGGCUGGCAGAUGGGUAACAGUAAGGUUUUCUUGAGAUACUGGGAGGCCGAUCACCUAAAUGAUCGCUGCCAUCAACUCCAGAGGAAGAUCAUCAUGUGUCAGAAAGUGGUUCGUGGAUGGUUGGCCAGGCAGCAUGCCCGUCACAGGCUCACCUCUCGGACACAGGAGAAGUGCAGCGUGCAAAGGUUCCUGCAGGGAGCGGAAGACUUGGGCAUGCGUGUUUACGACAGCCUGGUCAUCCAGAACGCAGCUGAUAUCGCACGGGAGAACGAUCGCCUGCGGGGUCACAUCAGCGCACCGCCUCUGGGCGAGCGCCCCGAACCCGUUGGGAAAGAAGAAGACUCGCCUAAGAGGAUCGUCGAAAAAAGCGGUAGGGUAACUGAUGGAGCGGGCCGUGGGGGAGGCCGACCACUCCGACAUUUCCGCUCCAGCUCUGUACCGCUCCCCCUGGUAAUGGACAGCUUGGUACAUUCCAGCAUUGGGACAUCAAUCAAAGCGGCCCUUCAGCCUGCGCCACACUCCAUUGAAGAGGGGAGUGGGGGAAGCAUGUCCUCGCCACGAAAACAACCUCCUCCCAAACCGAAACGAGACCCUAAUACACGUCUGAGCGCUUCGUAUGAGGCUGUGAGCGCAGGGCUGAGUAUAGCACCUAAAGACAGCCCUGCUGACGGCCAGGCCUCUCCGUCUGGAAGCCCACCCAAAACUCAACUUUCUCCUUCUGAUCCGCUGUCCAAGCCACGCCCUCACAGCGAUGACUAUAGCACCAUGAAGAAAAUCCCACCCCCAAAACCCAAACGCAGCCCCAACACCAAACUGACUGGCUCCUACGAGGAGAUUUCGAUACCUUUCCCUGCACGCCCGACGGACAUGAAGCUGUUCAGUUUGGCACGAGGCGGCCACUGCUUGGGCCUCAUCCAGCGAGCAGCGUCUGUGGAUGGCCCUCACUCUUCUGUGCUAAGCCUCUACCCCUGUCAGGAUGAGGAGGACGUGUACAUUGAGAUGGUGGGGGCCUCGCGGUCCCUCGGCUUGGCCAACUCUCAGAGCCCAGACCUGAGUGAGGCCGUCUAUGAGGAAAUGAAGUACUUCCCAUCUGACGAUGUGGGCACAGCUCCGGUCGUCAUGCCCGAAGCCGUCAAACUCGCUCCCCCACCUGCCCCAGUGAUGGAAGCCAAGAGGCCCAUGACCCUAAUGGAGCCCCCCAGUACACUGCUGGGAAAGCAACAGGUCAAAGAUGGGACGUGUGACAUUCCAGCUCCAUUCCCUAAUCUCCUUCCACACCGGCCCCCGCUGUUGGUCUUUCCCCCGUCCCCUGUAACCUGCUCACCCGCCUCGGACGAGUCCCCCCUCACCCCUCUGGAGGUGAAGAAGCUCCCGGUGUUUGAGACCAACCUCAAUUACACCAGCCAAGAUGGAGGCAGCCCACUCUCACCCCAGUACGCCCGCCAAAGGGCCGACUCGUCCCCGAGCCUGUCCAUCUUAAUGCCAGACAAAUCAACACCGCCCUUGACUCCUCCUGCCCUUCCACCACCUCCCGCAGCACUCCCACCUCCCUACCGGCCCCCUUCUCAUUUUCCUUUCCCCCCUGAGCCAGGCUUCCUUACUCACACCCGUGCAGCAUCUGUAGCCAGCACAGAUUCACCCAAAGUUCCGCAUAAAACCGGGCACAGUCUGACAGAGACUCCCCCGAAUAGCGCAAAGCCUCCCUACUCCCCAGUAAAGACCUCACGUCCAGAACCCCGCAGAGCACACUCAUGUUCCUCCUCUCCUCUGCUCUUUAACCCGGCCAAUGGGCGAUCCCUCACCAGCCCCCUGGAUGAGCUGAACACACUCUUCAGCACAGGCCGCACCCUUCUCCGUAAAUCCACCACAGGAAGAAAAAUCAGAGAUAGCGGACUCUCAAAUUCCAACAUAAACCUGCCGGGUCGAGAGGAUCAGGGACCCACCUCUCCGUCACCGCAGUUACAGGACAAAAACGCCAACAACCACACCUCUUCUAACUCUUCAAACCCUGCUCCCGUUGAGAACGGCAACCAGAUCUCUAAUGGUAAUGGCGCACAAGGGAUGUUGGAAGACGAGGGGCAUCCAAAGUCAAAUGCAUCCAGCACCUCUGUGAUGCACAGACACAUGGACAGCCAUCACACUCAGGUGAGCCAGAGGACACGUGCGGGUGGAGAUCAUCGGGCCACUCUGCAGGAUUUAUUACGUUGGCGGAGAAGUGUUUGUGAUGGCCGACCAGACUGGCAGAACGCUUGGAUCCACACAAACACCUCACCCACCCUAACUUUGAAGAACAAGACGUCCAUGACCAAGAAAGCAUCGUCCUAAAGAUUGUGAUGUUCCUGAGUCAAACAUCAAGUAUCCUGACCCAACUCUUUUGGCCCGAUGACCCUUUUUACGUUAAACACUUGUCCUUCUGUAUGAAGGCCCAGAUUCUGAACUCAGGUAAGAAGGGCAUCCUAAUGAGAUGGACUUGCUAAUUUUCCUCUACCCAUUGUCCUCUAUUUACUUCAUUUGAGAGCAUGAAGAGAUCCAUGGAAACACAAUUGCUCCAACUUUCCACUCAAACUAAAGGCCAACUGGACCAAAACCAAGAGGCUCUAAGUCUAUUACCACGAUCAUCACAGGGCAGCCAAAAGAGGCACGGCUAUUUAUCCCAUUUACGAUGUCCUAAAUGUUGUUAUGUUUGUAAGAUCUGAUCUCGUAGCCUUGAUCGAGCUAAUCUCAUGGCUGUGCAAACAUCUAUUUCCUGUUCUCUGCUACCAUGUGCUAGUCUAAGUCUACAUGGUUUGUCAUAUUUUAGUUGAAACUCUGGUGCUGCUCAUUUCACAUGUGAUUGUCCUAGCCUGGGUUGGGAAAAAAGUGCCAGUUCUCUCUCAACUCAAGCACUGAAAGGCACAUGGUUGUGACGGACAGCCUUAAAGUUUACAAGACUUUGUUUGUUGACCUCAGAGGUCUAGCCUUGUGUCCUUCAGGUUCAGAGAAGCAGCUACACCUCAUGCUUUUCAGGUGCUUUGGUUACCCUCCAUCAGAGGUGGCAACCAUCACACACAGGUUGUGACCUUAAGAAGAGGUCAGGGUUCAGGGAAAUAACCAGUGACAUCCCAGGUUCAUGACAUUUCCACCAGCUUCUGGAAUACAUCCAUCUGUGGUAAGAUUUGCACACUUUAGGCCAAUACAGACACGUGAUUACAACUUGAUCAACUUGUUGUUCUGUUGACAACCUUGGAAUGCAUAAAGCUGCAUUUAUCUAAUGGUUAAGGAGCACAAUUCUUCAAAUACACCUGGAAACCGAACAGUCAUUACUAAUGGGAGUUACUGCCAAUUUGACCCAGAAACCUCUACAGUAUCUCCCGCAUUAAGGAUUUUUGGACUUUUCUUCAAAGGUGCUCGUGCAAGAAUGCUGGGAAAUGUGGAUAACAUGAACACAUGCCUCGUAGAAGAUUCAGACAGUCCAUCUUUCUCAAUGUUCCACAUGUGUGAAAGAACACAGACCGCCAAACCGAAUUCUCAAGAGUCGUGGGAAAUUUGGUUUGUACAUACAGUGGGCACAUGCAGAAUAAAUAUGGAGAAUAAAUAUUUUUGGACAUAUUUUGCACCAGAUGAAUCAACAAAAAACAGCCAUGUACCUGACAGGCAUCUUUUUUUCUUUUUUUGAGAAUGAACAGCGCUUGGUGCUUCACGUGUACUGGUUAUCUUAACUAUGAUUGAACUGGUAAUAUACAGGUUGUGAAGGCAGAAUGUAUUAUGAGUAUAUUGACAUAUUGUUGUCUAUAUAUUGAAAAGAGAUGCUCGAGGAUGACUGCAGAGACAGAAAUACUAAGGGGGUUAAUUUUAUAGUAUGAAAAUUCAUGAUGAACUCUAUACCCAUUCUCCAUCCCAACUAGACUGUGGUCAACAUUCAAUAUGUAUAAAAAUCUAAAAUGUACAGAAUGUUUGUGUUUGUGCAAGUAUGUUUGAGUUGCACUUUUGGCUCUUUUGUUUAAGCUUCAUGAAACUGAGCGUGUGCUUAUUCUGAAGGUUGUGUCCUAUCUAAAAAAGGGGAUAUACGAUCUGACAUUGUAUAGCAGUGAUACAGCUUCUAAAAAGAGCCCAUGCUGAAAUAAUGACUGACCCAAUACACAUCCCAAUACAUGUCAUGUCUCUUUAAAAAAAUUAAUGUACAUGCCUGUUAUAUACAUAUUACAUCUUCAAAUUUGGAAAAAAAUUGACAACAUAUAAUGCCAGGUGUGUUUAUUGAUUGUAUCGAUGCAGUUUAUUCAAGUAAUUUAUGUUCAAUGUGAAACAGUGUCAUUCAAAUGUAUGACAUAGAUUUGUUUUUAAAGCUGAAGUGUGUAAUACGUUGCACCUCUGGCCUCACCAAAAGAAAUGUUGAAAAGUUAGAAAACAAGGUCAAACAUUUCCACCAGGUUUUCCACUGUCGGUUAUUGGUUGAAACAGGUAGUCGGGCCCCAAACUCAAGGCUAUUGGAUAAGUCAAUGUCAGGCUAGUUGGGAUAUUCCAACCUGAUCUUAUGAGAAUUAUAAACUCUUUUACGAGAAGGCUCAGGAUUGCGAGAAAGAAAAUCCUGAAAUUCUGCCCCUAACGCCACUAGCACGAAAGCAAAUCGUAUUUAACUGUACGAAGGAGAUUUUGAAUUCAUACGAAUUAGCCACAUAAUAAAAUAGUUACGUUUUUGUCGUGAGAUCUUGUUGGAUAUUCGGUAGGGCAAUGUUUUAACAUGUUUUGGAAGUAAACCUACCAAUGGUUGCCUGAAGUUGUCUCUGCACAUGAAAGGAUAAACAAACACAUUUUGACAUUGAAAAACAUAUACACUUCAGCUUUAGAUUUGUUGAAAUGUUUUGCUGCGAGCAUGCACAAGUUACACUGUAGGUCUUCUGACGGUACAGAAUCCCCCAUUCAAACCCAGAGUUCACUUUGCGGAUAUAAACCAUUUAACACAAUUUCCAAAUCACUGUAGUAGUAUUUAGGGUGUUGUGGCUUAUGUUCCAUAGCUGUCAUUUAACAUAACUACACCUAUGUUACCCGUGUAAUGUGACUAUUUUCCAUUCAGCCAUUCCAUUGGAUGUAUCAUUUACUGCUGUGUAGUCCUGCAGAUCAGAGACUCAAAAUCACUGUGCAGUUUUAUCUCAUUCAGGCCAGUGCUGGUGGACACCAGGACACAUUCUUUGGGUUCAGUUCACAGUUUUAGGGAUUUCAGUCUGCUUGACAUCACCAUUGCUUAACAGGGUUAAUAAUGCUAGUAUCUAAAAUGUUUGUUUAUUUAUAGAAAAAUAAUUAUUUUUUAAUGUGUAGUAUUGGCUCGUCGUCAAUACUAUAAGCAGAAUGAGACUGAAAAGAAUUGUACAGUAUGAACUCACUUUUUUACCUUGUUAUUGAAAAAAAGGGAACGUAUGUUAACGCAUGAAACUCUCUUAGCUCCACAUCCGUGGCGUCUGUCGGGUUUUUGUGCUUAGUCUGCUUUGUUGUGGAGUUAUAGACAUCAUUCAUUCAUACCUGGUGCCGUGGAACCAUCCAAACACCCUCGCUAAACAAUUUAUGUUCAAGUGACGUGAUGACAACUUCCUCCCAACCCCCAGCUCAGUCCCAUCGUAAUAGGCUGUUUUAUUUUUCUUGUUUUGGUGGCAAAACAGAGACAACCGAUAUGGUUCAUCCGAGCACAAUACAUGGAGAUUGUGGAGAACAUUUAUCUUAGAGAUGAAAAUAAACUCAUCCUGCGCUUGCCCAGAUACAUGGAGCUCGACAGAAUGUUAAAUUAACUUGGCUGUUGCUGUCUUUUGUAGUCAAUGUGUUUGUUUUUAUCACAAAAAAAUCGGAUAAUUCUGUACAUUAUAAUAAUGCCUAAUACUUCAAUACGUGUGUUUGAGGGGAAAGAAAAAAAAUGUAAGUCUUGGUACCUUAUUUUGUUUUCGAAAUGUUUUAUAAAAUUCCUGUACAGCAAUAAAGCACAACAGUGUCGGUCUACUG